AACUAAACCCAACCGACAAGUUAAGGAGAGGAAGAGGAUUACUUUGACCAUGGGCACCGAAGUCAUUAUCUGGGAGUGUCAGUGAAGCAUGACACCAAAAUAAGGUAAGUGCCAGUGCAGGCCAGGCAAGAAAACUCCAAUUCCAAAUGAGCGCUAACAUUAAUCUUUUGCAAUCGCCAUUAGCUGCACAUGAUCCCUGACAGUCAUGUCAGGCAGGUUAACGGGGCUUAAAGGACUUCUCAGCCCGUUUUCUCCCGCACAGGACCAGCAGCGCGGCAGGCCCAGACCCCCCUGCUCAGUCCCACAGGAGCCCACGCUCCCCGCACCGCACCGGGCCCCCACCACAAAGGCCCAGCGCAGUCCCGGGCGCGGAGGCCCGGGCAGGCGAGGAGGGGCAGGCUUGGCCGGGCCGGCUCCGUGUCAGCGCGAGGCCCCAGCGGGAAGGGCUGCGGAAUCGGCACUCCAGCGCGCUUGGGCCCGGGCAGUGCUGGGGGACAGGAGCCCGCUGCAGGAUACAGUAUUCAAGAUGGUACAUGCCGAAACCUUUUCUCGCCCACUGAGUCGGAAUGAAGUUGUUGGUUUAAUUUUCCGUUUGACGAUAUUUGGUGCUGUAACGUAUUUUACCAUCAAGUGGAUGGUAGAUGCAAUUGAUCCAACCAGGAAGCAAAAAGUAGAAGCCCAGAAACAGCUACGGUAAAUAGCGGAUGAGCUCUCCUCCACUUCACACUUGAAAACAGUGGGUACAGCCCCAUGGAGGAUUGCAUCACACAGCUGUCGGCCUGCUGAUAGGUGGAGAGCUGUCAACCAAGCCCCAUCAUGCAGCUGGCAUAAGACUGCAUGGCAGAAAAGCUAAUGAAGCAAAUCGGGGUGAAAAAUGUCAAACUUACUGAAUAUGAAAUGAGUAUUGCUGCACAUCUAGUUGACCCUCUUAGCAUGCAUGUAACCUGGAGUGAUAUUGCAGGGUUAGAUGAUGUUAUUACAGAUCUGAAGGACACAGUCAUCUUACCCAUCAAAAAGAAAUAUUUAUUUGAGAAUUCCAGACUCCUGCAGCCACCAAAAGGAGUACUUCUGUACGGUCCUCCAGGUUGUGGUAAAACUCUCAUUGCCAAAGCUACGGCAAAGGAAGCAGGUUGUCGAUUCAUUAAUCUCCAGCCUUCAACACUGACUGACAAAUGGUAUGGGGAGUCACAGAAACUGGCUGCUGCAGUCUUCUCCCUUGCUAUAAAGCUCCAACCAUCGAUCAUUUUUAUUGAUGAAAUAGAUUCCUUCCUACGAAAUCGCUCAAGUUCUGACCAUGAAGCUACAGCUAUGAUGAAAGCUCAGUUCAUGAGCCUUUGGGAUGGUCUGGACACUGACUACAAUUGCCAAGUGAUAGUGAUGGGAGCUACCAAUCGCCCUCAGGAUCUUGAUUCUGCCAUUAUGAGAAGAAUGCCUACAAGGUUCCACAUCAACCAACCUGCUCUGAAACAGCGAGAAGCCAUCCUGAAACUGAUAUUGAAAAAUGAAAAUGUGGACAGGCAUGUAGACCUCCUAGAAAUUGCUAAAGAAACAGAUGGUUUUUCAGGGAGUGAUUUGAAGGAAAUGUGCCGGGAUGCAGCACUCUUUUGUGUCAGGGAAUAUGUCAAUUCCACGUGUGAAGAAAGCCAUGAUGAAGAUGAGAUUCGGCCAGUACAGCAGCAGGAUCUACACAGGGCAAUUGAAAAGAUGAGGAAGUCAAAGGAUGUAACUCUCCAGAAUGUUUUGAUGCACGUUGGUUUAGAUUAAGCUCCAAAGGUGUCAGACGGUAUUGAUCCAGUCCAUCAUUCCACUUUAUUCUCUCUAGCACAAGAAGAUCUCCUCCAACCAACCAAUCCCCACUUUCCAUUACCAUCUGUAAGUUACACACACACAUAUACACACAUUAGUCAUGUGACAGCCAUUAAGUGCUAAAAUAUCUUCACUCAUUUUAUCUUUAAUUCCUCUACAACUCCACAAUCCAACUAAAAAUGACUUAAAGCGAGGGUACACACACACACACACACACACACACACAUAUUCAAGGAAGCACUUCCAAGAUGACCCUCAAAAGGUGAGGUGCAUCUUUGAAGCACUUUCUUUUGAAUAAUUCAUAGAGUGGACUCUUCUGUGCCCUCCACUGUCCUCAGGAGCCUGCAGAGACUGUAUGUGGAGAGGAAUGCUGGGUAUUCUGCUCUCCAGUGGAGGGGAGGAGAGACAGUGCUGAAGUGUGCCAAAUUUUGAGCAUUCUAGGAUUUGCAGUGUCUGAUCAUGGCCUGGCUGGUUUCUUCUAAUGCAGGCUUGUCCAACAUGUGGCCUGUGGGUUGCCAUGCGGCCCUCCAAGCUGUUUUCUGAGGCCUGAGGUGCUGCGAUGGGAAACGAAAGUAAACACUGUACUUUCAUUUCGGGUGAGGUGAUGUGAUACCGCUUCCUGUGAGGACUUUGAAUAUGGCUUACUGGCCCACUGUGUGAUAAAAAGUUCAUGAUGCAGCCCCACAUUCAAAAAGGUUGGACCCCCCUGUCUAUUGGAAGUGAUUCUCUCUUCAAAUACUAACUGACCCUUCAAAAAGGUUGUUUAGGCAAGACUUUUGCAUAUAUAUGCACUUCCCUUUUUAUUAGCAAUGGUUCUACUGAUACUGCUUUUGGAAUAGUUAGGAUGAAAAAUCUAUUGUGUAUAAAUAAAAGAGAUAAGUGCCACUCCUGACCACAUGUACAAUAUGGCUGCGUGCAUGCAUGUGGCAUUUAUCAGUGACAUUAUUGGGCUAUACCAGCCAAAAAAAGCAGAUUGCCGAUAAUGUCAAUUUUCCUUUUAUUGGUGCCAAUCCAAUAUGGACAGAUAUAUCAAUGCACCUCUACCGUCCCCCACUUUGGCCCUUCCCCUGCACCAAAAUCCACAUCAUUCAUGGCAAUAGUUGAGAAGGGAUAUAAUUAGGAUGACCCCAAAUGCUAUGACUAGUAUGUGGAACCUUAAGGAGAAGUACAAACUCAGCUCAGAAAACAUAAUAUAAAAUAAAUAUAGUUUAAAUAAAUGUGUGUGUGUGUGUGUGUGUAUAUAAUGUUGUUUAAAUUAUAAAUAUAUAUUUGUGUAUAAGUAUGUAAAGAACAUCUAUAUAAAACUCUCCAGCUCUG